AGAGAAAUAUUUUAGACAAAUCAGGGAACUUUUGGCAAUUCUAUCGGGCAGCACGGCGUGUCUGCAGUGGCUUGCUCGGCGGCGUAGGUGGUGGACAUACCACAGUAGCAGUCAGCCGGGCAACAUGCUCGACGCACCAGCCCGACGCCUCGCCUCAGCUCCCGGCCAGCCUGCAGCCCCCGCCCUGGUGAGGCCGCUGAGCUGGGCGCCGCACAGCCCCUCCCUGGACCGAGAGAAGGCCGCCAAGAAGGUGGAUUCGAACGCUGGUCCCCGACUGUGUGACCUCGAGAAGGAUGGAGUCCAGGACGCCGCGCUGAGGCCCACCCUGCUGCAGGUGGCGAGCAUCCUGCUGUCGUCGCUGGCCAUGCUGCAGUUCGGCAUAAGCUACUCCUGGCCCAACUCCCUCGCCGGCGACCUCCGCACCGACAACUCCACGCUCCUCGGCCACCAGAUCUCCGUCACCUCCGUCGGCCACGACCUCGUCGGCAGCCUGUUGUUCGCGGGCGUAGGGCUGGGCGUCCUCCCGUCGAGCUGGCUGGUGGGGAGGUUCGGCCGCCGCAUCUGUAUGAUCGCCCCGACCCUGCCCAUCUUCCUCGGCUGGGCACUCAUCGCCUUCGCCGACAACGACGUCCUCAUCUUUAUCGGCAGGUGAGUCACGCAACGCGCCGCCGGGUUUCG